UUGAACUUCUUACUUCAUCUUUGAUUCAAUGAAUGACUAGAACUUCACUGGCCAUUACCAUAGAAAAUAUUUCUAAAAGUACAUACCAUACCUUCGUCGAGGAAGUAAAAUUUUUUAACAACAUGGCGCCAUAAUUUCAUCCUUUACCGCUGCUCUCUUCUUAGGCGGAAAUCUCACACCUUUUUACCGCUUAACUCUCUUUCUUUCUUUUUUAAGAACGUUGACAUGUCGCAAUUUCAUUGGAUGUCUAUGUAGGGCUACGCAUAGACUAAGUUUACGUGUAUCAGCUCCCGAAAAUUAGACUUUACAAAAAAAAAAAAAAAAAAAAAAAAAACAACUUAAAAAAAAUAAAAAGAAGAAGAAGUCCACUUUAGUCCUCUAGUCCUUAAAGCAUCUACUUUCCCAGAACUCUCCUAAAGUUUUACAAAGGUUGCCUUCACCAGUUCACCUUGUUCACACCCUAAAUUCACAAAUUCCCCAGAAAUCUCCCAAAAUCUCAAUCACCAAUCCAAAAAUCAUGCAUAACUUACCCAUUAAAUGGCCAACCCGAAAACGCUCAAUUUCUGGACAACAACCUUCACCACCACCAUCGUUAUCCGAUGAUGUUCUAAUCGAAAUCUUGAAAAGGCUGCCAUUAAAAUCACUGGUACGAUUCACUUGUAUAUGUAAGUCAUGGUUCUCUAUCCUUACUUCCCCAUCUUUUAUGUCAAUUCUCGCAGCUUUCAAUUCGGAAAAAUCCCAGAAAUUUCAGCUUUUUAAAAGACCCAUUGAUAUUCACAGCAAAAUUAAUCAUACUAUGUUCUUUGCUUAUGAUUCCGAUAAUCUGACGCGUGAAUUUACUAGGGUUUUCCUUUUUAAAAGAUCCCAUUUUGUUGUUUCUUCUGCUCAUGGUUUAUUGUGUUUAUAUAAUUUUUAUGAUAAGUAUCAGAAUACAUCACCAUUGAUUUUAUGGAACCCUUCAAUUAAAAAACACCGAGUUGUUGAUCUUCCUCCUAUUGAAGUGCAAAAUACUGCUGGUGGGUUUCCCAAAUUGAUUUUCGGGUUCGGGUUUGAUUCGUGUUCUUGUUCUUUUAAGGUGGUUCGAGUGUCGUAUUCUACCCGUUAUACUGGUACUUGUUUUCUUUCUGCGGUGUAUAAUAUUACUGAUGGUGAAUGGAAUUGUUUGGGGUCGACUAGAGUACCCUAUUUUAUUACUACUAUUAGAUGGAGAGGAAUGUGCUUGAAUGGGGUGAUUCAUUGGAUUUGUAAUUUGAAUGUGAAUUUGGAUACUGAUCCUAAUGAUCGGGUGUAUCGAAUGAUAUGGACACUGGCAUUGGGAAAUGCAGAAUUCGGCGAAAUAAUGUUGCCAAAAGAGUUAAUGAACAUGCCUGAUGGAUCCUUGAGGGUUAUCAUGGUUCCUAGGAAUGGCAAGGAGUUGUUGGGGGUGAUACAUAUAAGAAAUGAUAUUUUUAGCUUGUGGGUGAUGGAGAAUUAUGGUGUGAAAUCAUCGUGGGUAAAGUUGUUCAAUGUCAAUUUCUAUGACAGUAUCAAGAAUGAUAUGAAUGUUUUGGUGAUUAGCGAUCAUGAAGUGGUUGUAAAAACUACGCGUGAUGGUUGGCUAUCCUAUGAUCAUAAUCUGCAACAAAUUAAGUGUCUCGAGACUAAAUUAUCUCGUAGUGUUGACUAUGUAGAUACUUAUGAGGAGAACUUAUUUUUGGUUGGGCAAAAUAGCAAAAGAGAUCGACAAGGUUCACAAGAAUAUUCAGGUGUGAAGCAAGAUUAUUUUGGUGUGAAGCAAGAUUAUUUAGGUGUGAAGCAGAAUCAUAAAAAAGUAUGGAAAGAUGACAAGGGUAAAUCUUUAUCAAUAAUGAAGUGAUAAACCACUGUCAUAAGAGUGUAAGAGGGUCUGAAUAUAGUUUUUCGAAAGAGAGAGUCUGAAUAUAGUUGAUGUUGGAUUAAGAUGAUGAAUGGGCAAUGAUGGUUAUGUAUGUGAAUUAUAAGUGAUGGAGAUUGUAGAAGUAUGGAAUGGUAAGUUCGUGUACCAAAUGGUUACGUGUUCAUCUUGAAAAUCCAAAUGUGUCUGGGAAUAUAAUAAACAUAAGGAUGAAUUGUGAGAUGGUUAUGGAAUUAUCAAAUGAUCAAUGGUUCUUAUUAAAGUUAGAAAGCAUUUGCCGAAGCUAGUAAUUGAAAAGCCUAAAUUUCUUGGAACAACAACAUUACAGUAGAUAGCAGUUACUAGGUAAUUUGGUGUAGUCGUCCUAACCUUUUAAUGGUUGUGCUUUACAUGUUCUUGUAAUUUUCUAGGCUUUCUGUGCAAUUUGUAAGAUGCAUAAUGCAUGUAGAUGCUGUCAACUCUAUUCAGAUUUGCAUUGUAGAUUGUGGAGGCCCUCCCUAUUUCUAGCUUUGUCGCAAUUUUAUUUAUCAAAGCUUAAUAUGAUCUGAUAUGAUUGCAUUGGUAGAAUUUGAUUUUAGUGGCUUUGGUUCAUAUGUUGGGACUACAAAUCCAUUUUAGUAACCUGUAAAAUCAUGUACUCUGUAUUAUCUUCUGUUUAAUGUAGUCUUCUAUAUGAUGGAAAGAGAGACACAAUAUAUCAAUAAAAUUGUAUCAGGUAGAGAAGUUGGUAAUGUUACCUCUAAUGGUUUAAUAGGUAACUUAAAUGGUUUUGAGAUUUGAACUGUAAAUCUGAUGUCUGUGAUGGUCAUAAUAGCUUUGUUUAUAAGUAGGAAAACAUGAUGUAGUUUGUUGCAAUCUACAAUAUUCUCAUGGCAACAUAAUUCUUGAUAUAUUUCAGUUCAUGAUAUCUUUCAUAUAGUGAUCGCCUAGCAACAUGCAUCGAAAAUAACUAUCAUGGCAACAUUAUUCUUGAUACUUUUCAGUUGAAAACGACUUGGAGAAGAUUAUGAGAAAGCCUGUAAUUGGCUAUAAUUAAUAUACCGUGGUGUACUUCUAUCUUUUAGCAGCCGUACUCGUUAUUUCACAUUGUUGAUAAGUCUACCUUAUGUUGUACAAACUGUGAUCUGUUAACAGGUGAGCAGAAAUUGUGAUCAAGAUAACAAAAUUUUAACAAAAGGAGCAAUUAAAGCUAAUAAGAUGGGCUUAGGAAGUUAGGAUGGCAUUUGGUCAAUGUUUUAUCCAUAUAGUAGAAUUUGGUCAAUGUUUCAUUGAUUACUUCGUUAAUCAAUGAAAAAUUCUGUUAGAAUGGACAAUCAUUGACAAUUCAACACGGAUUAUGGUACUUACAUGUUAAACAGAGAUGAUGAUAAUGAGCCUAGCUUGUGACUUACUUCAGUUACUUGAGUUUGGCUCAUUGAAAGAUUGAAUCUGAGACAUAUAUGACCAACUAGAGCAAAAUUCUAUGUAAAAAAUUUAUGAGCAAGUUUGGAAGUAUGACUUUUUUUUUAUAAAAUAGGAAAGGUAAAAUGAGAUGAAUGAAAUAUAAUACAAGUACUUUGUAAUGGAAAUGAGUUUUGGUUGUACUGGCAUAAAUUAGCAAAACUCUUGUGAGAAGUUUAACAUACUACAGUAGAAAAAUGUCUGAAAUUUUGAUUAUUAUAAACU